AUGACUGUCCACGGCUCGUCGACUUCCGCAACCGCCUCGGGCCCCCUCGCCCCGCCUCCGCAGUACGAGAUCGAGGUCGCCAAUGACAGUCAAGAACAACUCAUCAACGACAUCAAGGCCGAGAGCAUUGAGCCACUGUGGCCCAAGAUGGGGCGGCUGAACCCACCGGCGCCCGAGCCCAAGGCUGUCGCGCACAAGUUCGAGUACGCCCGUCUGCGCCCACACCUCAUCCGGGCCGGCAAGCUGGUCACGGAGAAGCAGGCUGAGCGGCGGGUCCUGAUGCUCAUCAAUCCCGCAAUGGAGGCACCACAUACCACGGACACGCUGUACGCGGGCCUGCAGCUUGUGAUGCCGGGCGAGACAGCACCAGCACACCGCCACACGGCGUUCGCGUGCCGGUUCAUCAUCGAGGGCAACGGAGGCUUCACCGCGGUCCACGGGCGGCGCAUCAAGAUGCACCGCGGCGACUUCAUCCUCACGCCGACGUGGUGCUACCACGACCACGGGAACGAGUCGGCGGCAUCGCCCAUGAUCUGGCUCGACGGCCUCGACCUCCCCCAGUUCCAGCAUUUCCCCGUGCACUUCGUGCAACACUACGAGCAGCCGCGGUAUCCGGCCGAGGACGCGCCGACGUCGCCCAUCGUCUUUCCGUGGGCGGAGAUGCAGGCGGCGCUCGACGCCGCGAACGGUGCGCACGCCGUUGUCCGCUACACGUCCAAGGAGGCUGGCAAGGAGGGCCAGGAGGUGUCAAAGAUCAUUGGUGCGCAGUGCGAGCGGCUCGAUGCGGGCGCGACGUCGGAGCCCGUUCGCGAAACCACGAGCGCCGUAUACCAUGUCAUCGAUGGCUGCGGGCAUUCCUCGGUCGGCGAUAAGGUCAUCGAGUGGAUCAAGGGAGACACGUUUACUGUGCCCUCGUGGCACAAGUACAGCCACACGGCCGCCCAGAACACAUACUUGUACCGGUUUGACGACCGCCCCAUGAUCACCUCGCUGGGCUUCUACCGCAACGAGAAGGAGGAUUUCUACAACCAGCUCUAGGCGAGGUAAUAGAGUGUGGAUAAAACA